AUGAUAGCAUGGUCGGUCGAAUUGUCCGAGUUUGGCAUCCAGUAUGAAAGUCGCGGCGCUUUGAAAGCUCAGUGUUUAGCUGACUUCGUGGCCGAGCUUACACCAACCUCGGUUGAGGAAACACAGUCCCUCAAGUUCGGUUUCAAGGUGACGAACAACCAAGCAGAGUACAAGGCACUUCUCGCAGGGCUAAGGUUAGCUCGUGAUCUUGGAGCACGGAAAGUGAGUUGCAAUAGCGACUCAAAACUCAUGGUGGAACAGCUCAGUGGGGCAUACCAGACCAAGGACACUCUACUGCAAAGGUAUUUUCACCUAGCCACCCAACGAAUCUCUUCUUUCGAUGAGUUAAAAAUGCACCAUGUACCCCGGGAGCAAAAUGCAAGAGCCGACCUCCUAUCCAAGCUCGCUAGCAUAAAGCGUCCCGGACAACACCGGACCAUCAUCCAGGAGACCUUACAUUCACCCAGCCUGGACGAUAAGGUCGUCUGCACCGGCGACAGUAAAGAGCAAGGGUGGACGACAGGUAUUUGGAACUAUUUGAAGGCAGGAGUUCUACCCGAGGACAAAGAUGAAGCUCGGAAGAUGAGGGUAAAGUCGGCUAAGUUCGUCAUUGUUGGAGACGAACUGUUCAAACAUGGAAUCUCCACCCCUUUGCUCAAGUGCUUGACUACACCUCAAGCCGCAUUCGGCAUCCCUCAUUCCCUCAUCACCGAUAACGGCAUGCAGUUCAUCGCACAAAGCUUUGACGACUUCCUCCGAGAGCUCGGUAUCAAACACCUUCCAACCUCGGUGGAACACCCCCAGACUAAUGGCCAGGCUGAAGCUGCUAACAAGGUCAUCCUCCGAGAACUUAAGAAGCGGCUAGGGAACGCUAAAGGACAAUGGGCCGACGAACUCCCUAGCAUCCUUUGGGCAUAUCAUUGCACCCCCUAG